ACACCAGCUGGAAGCGCUUCAACUGCACCUCACGACGCCUUUAGAGCUUAACAAAUUUUGUGAGGAGUUGACGUCGCUGUCGAUAAACAUCCAGCACAUUCGCCUGGUGGCACCAAACUACAGCCGGUUCCUGCCCGUCGUUUGCGGAUUCUCUACCUGCUUCUGGAUUGACGCUGCCAUCCACUUGGAAUAUUUUUGAGUUGACCCAAGGACAGCUGGUUUUUCAGAGUUUGGAACAGGCAGAUUUCGAAUCUGUUGUGAAUGCUAAAACAAGAUCGCAUUCCCCGGAUACCAGUAUCCCGUCAUCUUUCCAGUGCUGAACUCGAUGAGUAUCACCACGCCAUGGGUGUGUACAGUGAUAUUUACGCACACUUUACAUCUAACGUAUUUAGUAAGUUAGUAGUCAUAGACGAUCCAAGUACCUUCGAGCACAUCGACUGGCAUGUCCUGCAGAAUUCGCAGCGGUUCGAGUUGGAUCAUCCUACAGGAGAGUUCUACAAGCGCAGAUACUCGUCAGAUACUAUCCUGAAUAUGUUCUCCCAAGAGUCCACAGUCCGCAACGUCGUCAUGCUCGGUCCAGUCUACUACACACUGCCUCACAUUAUCAACUGGCACGACCUAGUCUCGCUCGACCUGGCAGUGGCCAUCGCAAACAAGGGUAUGCUUUGCAACAUGGUGGCACAAUUGCCGCAGUUGGAAUAACUCCAUAUCAAGUGCGUAUCUAUGGAUGCAAAUGUCGCCUGCGAUACGGUUUAUCCUGACGAAGUGAACAUCCCGGAGGGACCCAGAGUGAUUACCAAAAAGAAUUAUGCUAAUGAGAAUCCAUUCCAAGUACUCAGCUGGAAUCUGAGGCUGUUUGACCUCUACUCUGACCAGGCAUUUGACGCGGAUGGGUUCUGCCAGCUCCUUUGUCGCUUGCCGCGUGUCGAAAGCUGUGCAAUCAAUGGCACACAGGCCACUAAGGCUAAUCGGCUGCUGACUAGGCACUACCAACUAAGGCAGCACAUCCACAUCUACAGCUACUAUGUGCCUAUUGACUUUCUUCAGUAUUAAUUAUUAUUCAUAAUAUCAACCAUGAUUUUAACAUGCA